GUCUCUUUAAGACAGGAAACGUCCCAGUCCAAGUAAAGACAUUUGCCAGAGCGCACCAUGUUGUCUGUCGUCGGGAGACCUCUGAGCAGACUCAAAGUCUCCGGUGCCUUCAGUAAAGCUACAGUCGCAAUGGCAGACGCUCUGGCUAAAAUUCCCGAUGUGGAGAUUGAUCAAGAGGGAACCUUUAAGUACAUACUGGUCAGAGUGAAAGUAAAAGAUGGCGAUCAGAGUAAAGACAUAGUGCGAGGCACAAAAAGUGCAGAGUACCACAAUCAUAUAUUUGAGAAAGUCAGCCCAGCUAUGGAGGCCUUGGGUAUGGAGUGUAAAUGCCUUGGAGGAGGAAAGAUAGAGCACAACAGCCAGGAGAAAAAACUACGAGUGUUUGGAGAAUCAACUGCCUUUGGUAAAGCAGACCAUUCUGUCUCCGUUGAGAAGUUGAAGAGUGCCUUCAGCGGCUAUGAGAUCACUUGGUCUGAUGACAAAAAAUAAGGAUGUAAACCCGUAUCUCAUUUCACCUAUCUUUAUUUAUAUAUCCAUCGUCUCAUUCAAAUACACCAUUCUGCAUUAAACUGUUUUUGUCUGAAUCUGUGAAAGCACAAAAGCUGACCGCUAAAAGAUUUACUUUCACUUGCUUUACAAUAAACUUUGUCAGAACUGAG